AUGGCGGGCGUUGAACCAUCUUAUGUCAUUCCCAGUCGUUUUACAUUUACCUAUUCAUUUUUGCCCCAAAAAUUCAGCCAAAAAACUGAAAAGUUGAAAGGUUUGUUGUCCACCGCUAGUUCAGUUUCCAUUACCACCGAUGGUUGGACUGCUCAACACAGUCAAACGAGUUAUUUAGCUUAUACAGUCCAUUUCAUUACAAAAGAUUGGACGCUUUAUUCCACUCUAUUAAAAUGUCAUCAGUUUGAUGAUAGUAAAACCGCGCAACAUUUAAAAGAUGACUUAUACAGUGUUGUGAAUGAAUGGGAUAUCUUAGAAAAAGUCUUCACGGUAACUUCAGAUAAUGCUUCAAAUAUCAAGGCAGCAAUAAAGUUGACUGAGUGGGGUCACAUUGGAUGUUUUGCUCACACGAUUAAUUUAAUUGUUCAAAGUGGGUUAGAAAUUUCUGAUGUGUCCCCAUUACGAAAAAAAGUUAAGGCGAUAGUAGAGUACUUUCAUAGAAGUACAAAAUCUAACACUAAAUUUAAGGCUAUGCAAGGUCAGAUGAAUGAGGGUCAAAGAUCAUUAAAAUUAAAAAACGAUGUAGCGACCAGAUGGAACUCUACAUAUUUUAUGAUUGAGCGUUUUCUAAAAGUUCGCGAGCCUCUAACUGCAACUAUAGGAAUUCUGCAGAUUCCUGUAGAACUGUUGACGGAAUCCGAAUGGGUCGCUUUAAAAGAAAUGUGUUGCGUUUUAAAGCCGUUUGAACAGCUCACUACAGAGAUGAGUGCAGAACAAAAUGUAACCUUAUCGAAGGUAAUUGUCAUUGUAAAGGGCCUGCUUUCAGCUGUCCAUAAAAUUGAACAGAGUACAACAAGUGACAAAAUUAAGAAUCUUAUCUAUCAUUACGAAAAAGAGAUAGGGACAAGAUUCGGUUCUGCUGAAUCAAACACUUUAAUGGCAAGAUGUGCUUUUUUGGAUCCAAGGUUCAAAACCAAAGUGUUUGAUUCAGACUAUAACUCCAAUAGUACCAAAGAGCAUAUUCAACAUGAGGUAGCUAAACUAAUCAUUUCGGAACGACGGUCGGAAGAUAUUAUUCAUGACCAUGACAAUGACGAAGUGAAUACCGGAGAAGAAACGGCCGUAAAUGACGAUCAAAAUUUAGUUUGGGAAGACUUUGAUAAGGCCGUAGAGACACCAAAAGACAUCGACUCAAAAGCAGCAGCAAUCAUCGAAGUAAGGGCAUAUUUAGCCGAAAGUCUAAUUCCUAGAAAAGAAAACCCUCUGGAAUGGUGGAAAACCAGAGCUUUCUUAUAUCCGCAUUUAGCGCAAUUGGCCAAAAAAUAUUUAUGCAUAAUGUCAACAUCAGUACCAUCAGAGAGGGUAUUUUCAACGGCUGGUCAAUUAAUUUCUGACAGAAGAAAUCGAUUGACCGGAGAAAAUGUGGAAAUGAUAAUGUUUCUACAUGAAAAUGAAAAUCUUUGA